GCACGUGCCGUAUGGCUUAUCUGUGAGCGCAAGACUUUAUUUUGUUGACCUGCUCUGCGCUGCUUGAAAAGUUGCCUCAAACAUUCCAGAGGCUCUGUUCUCUAUUUGCGCCAGACUUCCCAAGGAAAGACAACAAUACUCCAGAUCAGCACCCAACAUGGCUGACCGUCGUUCAGAACCAGAGAUGCCGCAAGCAAAGCGACUUCGCACUGGUGAUAUGGACCCAGCCUCGAAUCCUUACCUGGCGCAUCACUAUGAAGAUGAGGGCAAUGGAUAUGGUUCGAGAAAUGGAGGUAGAAAUGGAGGGUCGACUCAAACAGGACUCUCUGGUUUUAAGAGACAUCAGACUACCGCUGCACAAGCAGAUGUUGCUGAAAAUGGACCCCUCAAUCCCUUCAACAACAAUCCUCUCUCGCCGCGAUAUUUUGAUAUUCUAAAAACCCGAAAAGAUCUCCCAGUUCACAAGCAGAGGUAUGCCGUGUAGUCCCGGCUCAAUGAUCAACUACUAAGUCUAUUUCAGGCAGGAAUUUCUUAACAUGUUCCAGCAGACGCAGAUUCUUGUGUUCGUUGGUGAGACAGGUUCUGGAAAAACCACCCAAAUUCCGCAGUUCGUCCUUUUCGACGAUCUCCCCCAUUUCAAUGGAAAGCUUGUUGCGUGUACACAACCGCGUCGAGUAGCAGCAAUGUCGGUGGCACAGCGAGUGGCCAAUGAGAUGGACGUCAAACUUGGAGAAGAAGUUGGUUAUAGCAUUCGUUUUGAGGAUGUCACAGGCCCGAAAACCAUUCUUAAGUAUAUGACAGAUGGUAUGCUGCUGCGCGAAGCUAUGCAUGAUCAUAACUUGACGAGAUAUAGCUGCAUCAUUCUCGAUGAAGCUCACGAACGUACUCUAGCAACCGAUAUAUUGAUGGGACUUUUGAAAGAAGUUGCGCUGCGACGCCCAGACCUCAAAAUUGUCAUCAUGUCGGCCACUCUUGAUGCGCAAAAGUUCCAGAGAUAUUUCAAUGAUGCGCCCCUGUUAGCUGUACCCGGUCGUACCCAUCCUGUCGAGAUAUUCUACACCCCCGAGCCAGAGCGAGACUAUGUUGAGGCUGCCCUCCGAACCGUGCUCCAAAUCCAUGCCAACGAACCGGAAGGAGAUAUCCUUUUGUUCCUCACGGGAGAGGAGGAAAUUGAAGAUGCCUGUCGGAAGAUCACUUUAGAAGCAGAUGAAAUGACGAGGGAAGCUGAUGCGGGCCCUUUAAAAGUUUACCCCCUUUAUGGAACACUUCCUCCCCACCAACAACAAAAGAUCUUCGAACCUGCGCCACCACCAACUAGAAAGGGAGGACCACCAGGACGGAAAGUUGUUGUUGGAACCAAUAUUGCUGAGACCAGUUUGACUAUUGACGGUAUUGUAUAUGUCGUGGAUCCUGGAUUCAGUAAGCAAAAGGUCUACAAUCCUCGAAUUCGAGUCGAGUCAUUAUUGGUCUCUCCAAUUUCAAAAGCUUCUGCUCAACAACGUGCUGGUCGUGCUGGUCGUACUCGCCCAGGAAAGUGUUUCCGACUGUAUACCGAAGCUGCAUUCAAGAAGGAGCUUAUCGAGCAAACGCAUCCAGAAAUUCUUCGGUCAAACCUUGCCAAUACAGUAUUAGAGUUGAAAAAGCUUGGAAUCGACGACCUGGUUCACUUUGAUUUGAUGGAUCCUCCCGCACCCGAGACUCUCAUGAGAGCGCUCGAGGAGCUUAAUUACCUCGCCUGUCUUGACGACGAUGGAGAUCUUACUGCUCUAGGAAAGCUAGCUUCAGAAUUCCCAUUGGAUCCGGCGCUUGCUGUCAUGCUGAUCUCAUCCCCCGAGUUCUAUUGCUCGAAUGAGAUUCUCUCCUUGACUGCGCUUCUAUCUGUUCCCCAAGUCUUCGUUCGUCCCGCAAGUGCGAAAAAGCGUGCAGACGAGAUGAAGGCUCUUUUUGCACAUCCAGACGGUGAUCAGCUUACAAUGCUGAAUGUAUACCAUGCUUUCAAAGGCGCUGAUGCACAAGCCGACUCAAAGAAAUGGUGCCGUGAACAUUUCUUGAGUCUCCGAGCAUUACAAUCGGCCGAUAAUGUUCGCCAACAACUAAAACGCAUCAUGGAGAAAUCCGAGCUUGAUCUCAUCAGCACAGAUUUCAACGACAAGAAUUAUUAUACCAACAUUCGUCGAGCGUUAGUUGCAGGAUUUUUCAUGCAAGUCGCGAAGAAGGAUUCUUCUGGAAAGACCUACAAAACAGUCAAGGAUGACCAGAGUGUAUUGCUCCAUCCAAGCACCGUUCUUCAGGUCGAUAGUGAGUGGGUACUUUACAACGAAUUCGUCCUCACCACGAAGAACUACGUGAGAACUGUUACUUCGAUAAAACCAGAGUGGCUCUUGGUAAGUCUCCUACCAAAACCUUUACAACCAAGAAAAAGCACCCAGCUAACAUACUUGCUAGGAUAUCGCACCAACGUAUUAUGACAUUUCCACUUUCAAGAAGGGUGAAAUCAGAACUGCAUUGGAGAGAGUAAAUGAUAAGGUGAAGAGGAAGCAGCAAACCAAGCGGCCGGGUCGAUAGAGAAUAGAAUCACGAUGUUUUAUGAUGUUAAUACACUGCAUGUUAGAAUAGGGGUUAGUGAGGUCAAGUGAACC